AAACGCUCUCAACGUGGCGGCGCGCGCGCCACUCCACUCUGCUCGUCGAACGCCGCGCGCAGUUGUACUCGUCGUGUACCCGCCGCGAGAACCCGUCGCCGCCGCCGCCGCCGACGACGACAGCAGCAACAGAGCAGCAGCAGCAGCAGUCAUGGCCGCCACCUGACCGCAACCCCACUGCAGCGCGCGCGUACGGUGGAAGAAAAACGCGAGAAAAUUUUUCUACCAUUUUUAGAUUUUCCGUUUUAACCUCCGUGUGGCUCUCCCCCUCCCUCCGCUUUUUCCUAUAUCUCUGUCUCGCGCGCACGCACACACCACUCUCUGUCGCGCGUCAGUGUUUGCGGCACUCGAUUUUUCCGAAAACGAAUCGUCGUCGUCGUCGCUUCAGUAUCGUCUGCUUACGCGUGUGCGACUGUUCGCCGCCGUCCGUCGCGUGAAAUCGGUCGUUCGUUCGUUCGCUCGCUCGCACUUUGGACCCAUCUCGCGCAUCCACUAGACGGUACACGCACGCUGUGCAUCACCACCGGAUAUAUGGAUUAACCGCGCGUGUAUAAUAAUAAACGUGAAAUUUUCAAGCGUAUUUUUCUAUCAAGUGUUGUGAUCAAAAUUUGAUACACGUAGCAAGAUAGCUUUAAAAAUUAUUUACAUGAAUCAUAGUGAACAUGUCACAAAACAAUGGACAAUCCCAGAGGUUUUGCCUCCGAUGGAACAACCAUCAAUCCAACUUGCUUGCUGUUUUCGAUCAAUUAUUGACGAGCGAGGCAUUUGUAGAUGUGACAUUAGCUGUCGAAGGUCAAAUGCUUCGUGCUCACAAAAUGGUUCUUUCAGCAUGCAGUCCUUACUUUCAGACGCUUUUUGUUGGACACCCUGAUAGACAUCCAAUUGUAAUACUCAAAGAUGUUCCACUAGUUGACAUGAGAUCUUUAUUAGACUUCAUGUACAGAGGCGAGGUUAGUGUAGAUCAAGAUAGAUUGGCAGCUUUUCUUAAAGUGGCAGAAUCAUUGCGAAUCAAAGGUUUAACUGAGGUCAAUGAAGAUCGUGGAGACUUACCCUCAUUAGCUUCUUCUCUUCUUCAGUCUCACUCAUCAUCUCCAUCUUCUUCACCAGUACACAAUAACCAAAUGGCUCAUGUGCCUCAACUUCAACGCAUACACAAUCAUAGUCCUUUGCCUAUGAAAAGGCCACUGCCAUCUCAUCCACUUCACGAUCAACAGCGUCAACAUUUGUCAUACCCAAUGAACCCGUUAUUAGGAUCUGCUCUGACUGCACCAAAGAGAAAACGUGGACGCCCCAGGAAAUUAUCCACUGGAAGUAACUCACCUUCUAGGCCAAAUGAUAAUAAUAAUGAUGAUAGUAGAGCAUCCACGCCAGUUGGUACAAGCGCAGGAAGUGGCCGUGAUCCACCAGAUUUAUUAGAAUUGAACAUGUCUGAAGAAUCAGAAUCUGCUGCAGCUGCACCUAGACAUUUGGAUUCUCCUAGCCAAGAUGAUAUACCUGAUCACGAAGACAUGGAAGAAGAGUAUACAGAAAAUGGAAUGGAAAUAAAACAAGAGCCUGUUGACCCAGUUCCAGGAACAUCCCAAGAUUUAAGUACAGUGAAAAAAGAAUAUGACACUCAUUCUACUAGUAUGCAGUUAGACCAAAGCGCAUGUGAUGUAGAAUCUGAACAAACACGUACUUCAUUUAAAGAUACAAAUGGAACAAGUGACUUAGACAAUACUACAAACCAUGCUAAUCGCCCAAUUAUGGACAAGUAUUCAGUUCGUCAAUUCUGUACUCAAGAAUCAAGCAAUCUUUUUAGGUGUAAUUUGUGUCGCAAAACAUACACUCACAUUAGUAACUUCUGUAGACAUUUCCUUUCAUCUCAUCAUGGAAUUAGACAAGAAGUGCCCUGCCCUGUGUGUACUAGAAUGUUUACAAGAAGGGAUAAUAUGUUAACACAUAUGAAACAAGUACACAGAGUUUCUGCUCCAAAAGUUUAUGCUACAAACAACAAUAGCAGUUCUAGAUUUGAAUAUAAUAGUUUGUGAUAUUUUAUUGUUCGUGUAUGCUGACAUACUACAAUUUUAAUUUUUUUUUACAUGUUGACUGUUUAAUUAACCAGUAUUGAAGGUAAUAAUGCAGAUAAUGUCUUUCCAUGAAUAUAUUUAACCAUAUAUUGUACCAAAGUUAAGAAACUUGAGUGAAAAAACUAGAAUGUAACAAAUCACGAGUGGGAUAUAGUUUUAAUUAUGUACUUAAACGACGGUUCAAUUCUAUAGUUCUUGUUUGUAGGGUAAAGGUUAGGUUUAUUUUAUUUUAUUUUUUCGUUGCGUUUUUGUCUUCCUAAGUUUUAAUUUGUUUUUGUUUUUCCUCUCCCUUUGUGCUCCUUCCAUAGUUAACCCGUCCAUUGUUUUUAUUAUUAAAAUAAUCAUUUAAAUUUGAGUUGUUAUACUAUUGUUAUAGUAAAUACUUGUCAAUAAUUUUAGCCUGUCUUGCCAUUUAUAAGUCAAAUAUCAUUAAAGCAGGCUAAGUAUGAUCAUGUAAACUGAACUCUGUACAUGUUACACUUUUGACACUUCAAUUAAGAAAAAAAAUAUACAUGAAACAAAUAUUAAAAAAUAACUUUGAUGUAUUGUCAAUAUUACAAAGACUAAACAGGUCUUUAUUAUAUUUAAAAAUAUUGUUUUUAUAUAAAACUAAAUUAGUCAAAACUAAAUUUUAAACUAGUAUAUGAUUUGAUUGUUUUUGUUAAUACCUAAUUUUUAAGUUGGGCUGUGUGUUUUCUUAGUCAAUUUGUUAUUCAAUCUGCCUUGCCAUUAUGUGUAGUUUUGAUUUUAAGAUUAUAAUGUUGUUAAAAAAAAAUUGUUUAUGUUUAUAAAUACAUUCAUAUUUAAAUUAUAUUAUAUAUUACGCUAUAUUAUGUUAUUAUAUUAUUUAUAGACUGCUAGACAGGGUGUAUUUAGCAUACAAUUAGUUUAGUAAACCAAUGGUGCUUUGUUUUAACUUUUGGGGAAAUAACAAGUAUUUUUGAAAAAAAUUUGAUCGCCCAUUACUAAUAAAAUUGGCUGUGAAAGCUACAAAUAUUAUAGUUAAAUUAAAUUUUUUUCUUUUGGUUUGUUAUUUUGAAUUUGAUAAUAUUGACUGAAUUGAAUAAGUAUCCAAAUAAGCUUGUUUUAACAUGAUCAUUAAUUUGUUAUUAAUCCGUUUGUUUUGUUAUUUUUUUCCUAUUUAAUAUUUAUUCUUCGGGGAGCGUUAAAAAUUUAUAUGUUAUCUUUGUUUUGUUUUAAUGCGCCAUCAUAUACCUAGUAUAUACAGUGAUAUUUAAUAUGUGAAGUUUAUGAUAAAAUAAAAAUGUAUGAAAAAUA